AUGGUAGCUUUGUCUGGUACAAGCCCAGGAGUAGUGACCUCAAUUGUAGAAGAUGAUGGAAUUCCAAUGGACCUUACUGCUGGUCGGAGAAGCAUCUGCUGUGAUGUAAUUUACAAGCUACCAUUUACAGGAAGCUGUAGAACCCAACCACCCAUCACUAUCCAGCCUGAUAAUCGUUUUGGAUACAGGGAUGAUCACUAUCAAUACAACAAUGCCGGACUGUACAGUAUAAAAGGAACUAAUGGUAUAAAAGCAUCAGUGUCUGACAACAAUUUGACAGAGGCAGGGCUGUCUCUGUAUGAUCUCAAAAGUGACUCUGACUACCUCACUGGAUCUUCAGAUGGUGCUAUAGACCUAACUGCUACUAAAAUUUCAGCCGGUGGAGCCCUUGACUACACUAGCAAAGCAGCCAGAGUCUACUCCUCCAUUACUGCUCCAUACUCCCAGGUCCCUGCAGCUGGGUUUGGUGUGAACAGCGCUCUAAGAACGUCAGAUGGAAUAGUUUAUUCCUCUGUUGCUGCACCAGUUCCAUCUACAUAUGCAAUUACAACUCAACCAGGUUCCAUUUUUAGUACCACCUUAACACCUACAUCAAAAGCCCAAGACCAGUCCUUACUACCCCAAUAUGGAUUUAUUCCUAUUACAGACCCAGGUCAGUUAGUUCCUUUUGAGGCUGAGCUGUCUAAGGAACUUCUCCCUCUAACAUUGGCUGACAUCAUAUCUGGCUAUCCAGAGAUGUACUCAGAUACCACAUUGGAAGCAAUUGCUGCUUCUUUAGAUGUCUUAGCUUCUUCCCCAAUAUUUCCUGGCUUAGACAACACUAAGAUGGCCCAAUAUCAGAUGGAGAGGGAAUUUUUAGAGCUAGAAAAGCUUAAGCAGCUAUGUCUUGCUGAGGAGCUGGAAUGGGAAAGGCAAGAAAUCCAACGUUACAGAGAACAGGAGCAGUUUAUGGUUCAAAGGGAGCUUGAAGAACUUCAAGCUCUAAAACAGCAGCUUCUCCUUCAACAAGAAGAAGAGCAUCAUGCCCACAUGGUGGCCCAGCAAGAAACGUACGCUCAACAGAAAGAGCAAUUACAGCAAAUCCAACAACUUCAACUUCAACUUCAGCGCCAGCUAGAUGAGCACUAUGGCAGCACUGGAUCAACAAGAAAUCUUUUAGAAGCUAAAUAUGCAGGAGUAGGGGACAGUGGUCAAUAUUGGCCUGUCAAAGAUGAAUCCACUCCUCCAUCAACAGAGGUACAUACAGAAGAAAGUCAUGAACAUCUUAACUUAAUAAAGCUUCAAGCUGAUAAGGAUAUUGGGAAAAAAAUACUUGAUAGUGGAGUGCAAACAGAUGAUGAAGACUCAGCUGAGAAACAGCAUAUGGGAAGAAAAAAGAAGCUUAAGAAAAACAUCGAGAGUUCAGCUCAGUCUGAUGAUGAAGACCAAGAUGAGUGGGAUGCACCCACCAAAGUUCGACGACGCUCUCGAAAGCAUAGCAGUGAGGGGAAACAUGGCUCCAAGGUGUCUAGCAUUGCCAUUCAGACAGUUGCAGAAAUAUCUGUUCAGACUGACCAUUCUGGGACUAUUAAACGACCAAAUGUACAAAUGGACACAAAAGUAGAAAUCAUUAAGCAUAUAUCAGCUCCAGAAAACUCUCAGAGAGGUGGUAGUCUGAGUUGUCAGACAGAUUCAGAUAGAAGGCAUUCACCCAUUGAGGUGGGAUACAGUACACAACUGACAGCAGAUGUCCCAUCUAAAUCUAAAGUAUUCUACACUUCAGUUUCUCCCUUAUCCCCUGAAAAGUCGUAUGGGGGGCAGAGAAUGUUAACUGCUGAUCCAACCAGAUUUUCUUCUGGCCCUCGGAUAUUAAAAGCUGGGCAGAAGUCUUUGUCUGAUCCUAAAUCGCUUAGUCCUUCAACAGAAGACAGGAUGGGAGGAUACUACCCAGACAGCUAUUCUGGUCGGGGUUCUCCCUCUGGUACCAGUAAGAAAGUAAAGCGGACACUGCCAGACCCACCUCCUGAGGAUGAUUCUCUGACUGGAAGAUCAGGCUACAGCACCAACUCUGCUCGUCGCCGUCUUGCGCGCAGCACAACAUUGGCCCGGGCAAAGAUUCUGCAAGAUAUUGACAAAGAACUUGAUCUGGUUGAAAGAGAAUCCUCUAAACUUCGCAAGAAACAAGCUGAGCUAGAUGAAGAAGAAAAGGAAAUUGAUGCUAAGUUGCGGUAUUUGGAGAUGGGUAUAAACCGCCGCAAGGAGGUCUUGUUGAAGGAGAGAGAAAAAAGGGAACGGGCCUAUCUUCAGGGGGUGGCAGAAGAACGUGACUACAUGUCAGACAGUGAGGUUGGCAACAUCAGAGAUGCUAGAAGUGAUGGCCUUGAGAGACCACGAACUGCUCCUCAGUCAGAAUUUGACCAAUUCAUUCCUCCACAAACCGAGGCUGAUUCCCAAUACAAUACACUAACUAGUCCAUAUUCACACUAUGGUCAAUUUGUUCCUCAGACCCAAACCACCAGUCACUACACUCAGCAAAACUUGUACCAGCAGCAGUCCCUAUACCAUCAACAGGUCUCUCCCUACCCAACACUCUCCCUCGCUCAUGACCAGGAACAGUCAAGCAGUUACCAACAUGCUUUGCUACUGCAGCAAGGAAAGCAGCGUCAAACCACCCUGUCAGAUUUGGGACCUAAAAUUGCCACCAAUUAUGAAGUAAUACGCAACCAACCUUUACUCAUAGUUCCAACCUCUACAGAGAGUGGCUAUGGAGUGGCUCACUUAGGGGGCAAGUAUGGCAGCUUGGACUUGAGAGUAGGAUUAGAAGAGAGGAGUAUGGCCUCCAGUCCCAUGUCCAGCAUUUCAGCUGAUUCCUUUUAUACUGAUAUUGACCAC